GCGGAAGCGCCCCCGGGGCAGGCUGGGAGAUGUAGUUCCUGACUCUCCCUGGACCGGAAGUGACGUUGGGUGGGAGAGACGAAGCCGAGUUGCCAGCGCGCGCGUGCCGUUCCGGCUCUGCCUGGCUCGCGCGGGGCCGUUGGAGCCUCUCCCGGGGCCGGAGAAGGGCUACAGAAUAACGUCCACGUUUUGCUCCAGAUCAUCCCAUCCUCCCACGGGGAAGGCAAUGGUUGCAAUGGAGCUGGCUCAGGAUCCAGUGACUUUCGAGGAGGUGGCUGUGUAUUUCACUAGGGAGGAAUGGGCUCUUCUGGACCCUGUUCAGAGAGCCCUCUACAGGGAUGUCAUGCAGGAGAACUAUGAGACGGUGACCUCGCUGGUAGGGUUUCCAGUUUCCAAACCUGAUAUGAUCUCCCAGGUGGAACGAGGGGAAGAGCCGUGGGUCCCAGACCUCCAGGGCUGUGAGAAAGAAGUGCUUCCAAGAGCUGCCUGCUCAGGUAGUGACCUGUGUCUGGAUUCUCUCUGUCUCCCAUCAGGUGAUGGGAUGGUGAGUGAGAAUGAGGAGGAGAAACCCCAUCAGGAAAAUGCUGAGCGAAGAGAAGUACAUGGAAUAUUAUCAGGAAGAUCCAAAGAGAAUGUUUCCAGGAGUUGUGCACUCCCAGAAAAACCAGAAGCCUGUGAGACUCAGGGGAGGCCAGAGGGAAACUUGAGUAGCCUCUCAGACCUUAUAACAAGCGGCAGAAUCAACUUGGAAGAGACACGCUACAGGUGCCAUGAGUGUGGGAAAAGCUUCAAUUGGAGCUCUGCCCUUGUCAGACAUCGCAGAAUCCACACAGGAGAGACGCCUUAUACUUGCACUGAGUGUGGGAAAAGCUUCAGUCAGAGCUCAGACCUUAUCACGCAUCAGAGAAUCCACACGGGAGAGAAGCCUUACACAUGCACUGAGUGUGGGAAAAGCUUUAACUGGAGCUCUACCCUGAAUGCACAUCGUAGAAUCCACACAGGAGAGACAGUGCGGGAAAAGCUUUAG